GUUGCCGUUCUAGGAAAUGAGACCGGCCCCAUCUUAGUUACCGCCUCUUUCCCUGUCGCAAGAAGAGCGGAAAACGGAACCGGGCAGAGGGGAGCGCGAAGAGGUGAAAGUGGUUUCCUGGGAAAAGGUAGCACCAGGUAGUACGGGGCAGUAGGGGACAUCGCGGCUUUCCUGUAGAUUUAACAGCAAGCUGGCAAGCGGAUUCGGAUGGAGAACUGAGACGAUGAGGAAAGGGAGAAUACGUUGAUGGGAUAGCGACUAGGGUUGUUACCGUGUGUGUGCGUGUGGUGGUUUUGUUUUGGCAUUGCUACUGUUCUACUAGCAGCCUGAACCCUCCAAAAACAAUUAAGAAGAGCAUAUUCCCAUGUGAAGAUGUGUCCAUGUGCUGCUUAAGAGGUGCUUACUUUGCCCCGUAAAUGUGUGUUUGCUGAGGUUAAAAGUAGCUCUGUAAGAUGUCUAAAAGAGUGGCAGAGAAGGAGCUGACCGAUAGAAACUGGGAUCAAGAAGAAGAAACUGAGGAGGUGGGAACUUUCUCAGUGGCCAGUGAAGAGGUUUUGAAGAACAGAGCAAUUAAGAAGGCAAAGCGUAGAAAUGUGGGGUUUGAGUCCGAGAGUGGUGGAGCUUUUAAAGGGUUUAAAGGUUUCAUUUUACCUUCCGGAACUGGUGGAUUUUCUGGCUUUGGCAAUGACACGGGAACUAAGCCUUUAGGAGGACUUUCGAAUGGCAGCAGCAGCGUUACAAAUAAUUCUUCAUUUACCACCUUGAAGACAGCUGCUGAAACACAGUCUACAUUUAGUUCUGUAGUAUCCAGUGGUUCAGUGAAUAAUAUUGUGGUUGAGAAAAAGCCUACCAAUGUGGAAGCAAACGGUGAGAGCCGGCAGCUGCUAUCUUCUGGAUUCACUCAAAGUAAAGCAUGCAGCUCUGAUAUUUAUCAUAAACAGUUAGCUGCCCUAAAUUGUUCUGUGCGUGACUGGAUAGUAAAGCAUGUAAACGCCAAUCCACUCUGUGACCUAACGCCGAUUUUCCAAGACUAUGAGAAAUAUUUAGUUGAGAUAGAACAACAUGGAACAAGUAGUGACAGCGGUGACUCUGAAAGUGACAAUAUCAAGGCAGUUGGAUCUCAGGCUGGCUCUGCAUCUGGAAGUUCAAAUCUUCAGCAAGGUUCAACGUUUUUCUUUAACACCAACAAAUCUGAGGAUACAUCAGGAAAGAAAAUGGAAUUGGAAAAGAAAAUGGAACCAAAACUAGGGUCUACUUCAUCUGUCUCAUUUACUUUUAGCCAGAGUGUUGACAGCUCUGGUGUAAGUUCUGGUGCAUUGCCUAGUUUCUCAUUCUCCUCUGGAAGCACAGGUUUAUUUGGAAAAGAUGCAAACCAGGGCAAAGUUGUUCCUUCAUUUUCCAGCAAUUCAUUAGAUACGCAGACAGAAAGUGGUGUCAAUGAAGAGAAAGGAGGAGAGGAUGAGGAGGAGGAGCCUCCAAAAGCAGUAGUUAAUGAAAUAAAGGAAGAGGAUGCCUUCUACUCAAAGAAGUGCAAAGUCUUCUACAAGAAAGAUAAUGAAUUUAAAGAAAAAGGAGUAGGAACACUGCACUUAAAACCUGCAGGGAAUCAGAAGACUCAGCUAUUAAUACGGGCAGAUACUAAUUUAGGAAACAUUUUGCUGAACAUUUUGGUGCCCCCUAAGAUGCCAUGCUCCAGAACAGGGAAGAACAACGUUCUCAUUGUCUGUGUUCCAAAUCCACCCAUUGAUGAGAAGAAUGCCACCACCCCUGUUCCUAUGUUAAUAAGAGUGAAAACAAGUGAGGAUGCAGAUGAGUUGCAUAACAUUUUACUGGAAAAGAAAGACGUGUAAAAUCUGGCUUGUUGAAUGUUAUGAGGGAAACUUGCCAAACUACUGCUGCUCUUUUUCUUCCCUUAACUCUAUUAGGAACUUUUGAACUUGCUUCUCUGACAUUUUAAGGAUUGUCUUAGGAAUUCUGAAGGGUUUGGUUGAGUAAGAUGGCCAAUAAAUGUUUUAACUGAAUACAAGCAUCAAAUCUUUCCUCCCUUCUAUUUUGAAAUAUCUAAUAAAUCAAUUGUAUUUAAAUUCAAUUUGCAUAUCAAAAAAUAAAACAUGUUUCAUUUACAUAAUUACUGAAAGCACACACAUUGUAUAUUGUGUAUGGGGGAAAUUGUGAGAAAGAACAGAAUGGAUAUAAACUUCUGGGACUUAUUCCCAAAUUUAAUCCUGGAUUGUUGUGCUCAAAGUGAAAUCACUGUUAGGAUUAUAGUGAAGAAAUGUUUUAAACUGGAUGGUAUAACUUUGAUUUUGAGUAACACAGUUGCCAGAGAACACUGGUUUUUAACAUUAAAAUCGGGGCUGAGAUUUAGCAGAAAAAAUUGCAUGUUGUCUGCAAAGUUCAUUUAAAAAUAAUUGUCAUAUCAUGGUGCUUAUAUGCCAGUUUCACAGGUGUGUCUCCUCCCUGUUUAAGUGCUCUCAAAGAGGCUGAGAAGCCAAAGUGACAGACUGCAUAGUGGUUGCUUGCAUUCUAUUGAAAAAUGAGUGAUAGAGAAUGCAGAGAGGCUAUCUUCUUUCCAUUGCACAUGACUUAGCUUUCCCAAAGCCAGCACCCUCAAAAUGUGUUGGAGUAGGUCCCAUCAUCUCCAGUCAGCAGACCUGUGCUGACUGUGAAUAGUUGCAGUGCAGCUUAGGGAAGAUUGGCUUAGUCUGCCCCUUGGGUGAUGUCACAUGGAUUUCUUUUGUUGUAAUGCUUGGGCAGGCUCUUAUCCACUGUACAAUUCUGUCAAUGUCUUACUGCAGUGUUUAGGCUUGAAAAUGCUAUCCAAUUCCCAUUAAGGUCAGAGGGUUGUACAGGAGAGCUGUGAAUGAUGUUCACACUUUGUUUGCAUGCAUUUCAUAGUAUUUGCAGUCAGACUUUGGAUAUUACGUGAAUUGAACAGGUGUCUUACUAAUCCUUAGUAGUAUUCUAAAAGGUUGUUGAACCAUUUGCAUCUUUAAUGGGUAUUAGAGCUUUAAACUGGAAGGGAUCUGGGAGGCUGUAGAAGCAAAGCCUGUUUUAAAUUGGUGCCUUUUUGCAUCAGGUUUCAGUGUUGAACCUCUUAAAAGGUAUGUAUAAGGUCAUUUCAAGAGCCCACCAACAUACACUGAAAUAUUUUAGGGUACGAGCCCUACUGAAAUGCAGGUGAGCUCCCAUUUAUAUUAGAGGACCUAUGCCAGUGAACAUGCCACUGUAUUAUGCCUUUAGCAUUCAGGUGAGUGAAAAACCAGAAACACUAACUUUCAUAGUAGUGUUACAAAUGGGAAUGUAUAUACCAAGACUAAUACGUAGAAGCUAAAGUUGAAUAGUCAAGAGCUUUGAGAACACUGCUCACGCUUCUCUUUGAGAAAUAGUGUCUUAAAAACCUCUGUUUACUUUAGCCUGUGGGGGCAGGUCGGGAGCCUGUGGGAGCAAAUAGCCUGCUUCUUCUAGUAAGCAGACAGUAGUUUAGUUCCCACACACCACAAUUUUUACAGUGAGAGACUGUUAAUAUUACAGGUUUAUUGUAUAUUUUGCACUUGUUUGAUUCCUAAAGUGCAUCUGUAUGUGUGUAAUGAAUCUCCAGUCAUUGAAUAGAAUAAGAAACCAUACAGCAGUUCAGUAAGAUACUGUUUGUUCUCAUGCCCUUUGCUGUAUCUUGUGUGAUGCUGUUUCUGUAAGAAUUCCAAUUUACCACAUUGCUGUUUUAUCUUGCUCUUUGAAGAUUCAAAAAUAAUGAAUGAGUAUUCCUAACACCUAUUAAAAGUUUGCAAGAGCUGUUCAAAACAUUGAGGGUGAUUGUGCUAUCUGAGAGAGCAAUUAAUACCUUUGAUUAAUCAGAUUAGGUCAAAACUUUUAACUCCACAAUGCACAGUAUAGCAAAUAAAACUAAUAAACUUUGUGUCAUCUUGUGAAAACAGUUGCUACAAAUACUAUGAAUCCUUGGUAUUAGUACCAAAUUCCAGCAAAAAUACAGUGAGAAAGUUGGACUGGUAGGGCAAAAAGAUUGAUAGAAAGUGCAGUCCAGGUGAUGAGCUGCUUUUGAAACCCUGGAAUUCUCAAAACAGUUUCUGAUGAGUUGUGAAUGACUGCCUAAAAAGUCACAGAAGUCAAGGCUUAAAGAAUUUUUUUAAAUAGGUGCAGAAAUUAUGUUUAGUUCAAAAUACUUUGGGACCUAUAAUACGUGCAAUUUUCCUUGCUGCAAAAGGAAGCUUCUAAUACAACCUUAGUACCUGAAUAGCUUCACUUGGCUGGCCCAUAAGUAGAGAGUGCAGCCAUGAAGACCAUCCCUACCAUGUCCUAUCAUGCUGGGCAGGCAAGUAGGAGUGAAGCCAUGACUUAGAUUAGGCUAGUGAUGUUGGCUUCUCCUUUGGAGUAAGGGAGAGGGGAUUGUUUUACCCUGGCACUGUGGUAGGCAUUCCAUUGAACUGAUUUGGGACCUUUUAGAUGUUUGUGUUGAAGCUGUUACCCAUAUGUUUUAAAAACAUUUUUGUGCUGUUUUUAAAAAGUCCACGAUACUGCCAGUGUUUGCCACAGAGCUUAUAAUGGCAAAAUGGAUUUUGGCAGGAUGGCCAAUUUCAGCAAAUGCUUAAUAAGCACUCCUUACUCCCCAGCAAAACCCUACACAUACAAAUUGAAUGCAUAAACUAUUCAAUUUUAAUUCCUAAAUAUAAACAUUAUUGGUCCACAUACUUUAUUACAGAAGUCACAAUUUGAACUGUUAAGGUGAUCAAAACUGUCUUGCUAAAGUAGAAGGCAUGUGCAUAGGCAAAGUUUUAUGGUUGAGAUGUAGCUCAUGUUUGGCUUGUUCCUGCUGAAAAAUAAAAUAACAUUUUAAGGAUUUUGCAGGAUCUCUGAAUAGGUGUAAAAGUCUGUACAAAACUGGAUCUUUUUUUCUUUUGCACAAAAUUUUAUUUAAUUAUUUAAAAUUGUAAUUGAAACUAGUCUGUUGGUAUACGCUGUAUAAUGAAGGGAUGUCUUAAUUUGCAAACCAAUAAUUUGUCACCUUGUAGACAAAGUGUUUGUAGUCUGACUGCUGCAGUAAAUUUAAGUUACUGCUGCUGUGUUAUCUCUUUGCAAGGUUUCUGACUGAACUUAUAAAAUCACUUUUGCAUUGUGACAAGUAGAGAGCCUACCAAGUUCAUCUGCUGAGUUGCUAGAUACUGCUCUUUUGCACAUGCAUAGUCUUCACAGAACAGUAAUAUUAAGGCCAGCUUCUCACUGAGAUAGAAACCUGUAUAUGGCCUUUGUUGUCACUCUAGAUCAACUUUCUCCAGCCUGUGCCCUCUAGAUGUGUUGGACUACAACUUCCAUUAUCCUCAGUCAACAUGGUCAUGCUGGCUGGAGCUGAUGGGGCUUGUAGCUCAACACAUCUGGGAACUGCAGCUUGGGGACAGUCGUUUUAGGCUGCCAGUGUGGACAAUUGAAUGUAUGUUGACUGGCCUCGAAUAUCCUAUGUUGAAUGAGUUCUUUUGUAAGAGGAACAUUGUCAUGUGGGCCCCACCUGCAGUCCAGCUCAGACACAGGUUUAUCACCACAGUGAGAACUAAAGCAAAGGAGAGGAGAAAGUUAUCACUCUCCCAACCCUUUGGAAUGGUUGUCAUACUACAAGGUCUGGUAGAUUUUUUUACCAAGCAGAAAAUUGUGAGAUGAGCAUGGCUACUUUCGUUGUUUGUAAACUGAAAACAGGUAGCUACAUAUAAAGAAUAAUUGUUCAGUCUUGCUAUAACUCCCUUUGCAACAUCAACUAACCUUAAAAAAAUCUCAGACUGUUCUGUUUUAAUGCCUUAAAUUAUUUUUAGAAGAAGUUGCUAAAUUGUAUACUUUACAUGUAUCAUUUGAUAUAUUUCAUAGUGCAUGGAAAUAAUGUAUAAAAGCUUAACUAAUAGCUGUCUGAACAAUCAGAUUGUUUUCCCCCCACUUAACUGUUGAAAUAAGCAUUGUUUUUGUUCUCACUCUAUAGGACAUUAUUUUAAAGGAUAAACCAGUUGAAAUUUGGAUUUGCCCUCUUGUAACAUUUUUCACAUGAUGUUUGCUGUUCGUGCUUUCUGAGGAAGUGUACAAAAAUCCAUGGAAAUGUGAAUAAACGAUUGGGAGAUGUUAA